GCUGUCAGACGUUCACUGCAGUUUAUGUUGCCAAUAUGCCGGAAAGCUGUCGUGCAGCGUGAAGCAACCAAGUCCCUCUUCAUCAAGGUGAUUGACGUACUAAGACGAGCCUACAGGAAGUUGGGUCAGUUGUUGGUGAGUGAGGGUCGACUGCCUUCCCCUGACUUGGUGUUCUAUCUGACACAUCCUGAGCUGGGAGUCCUGGUUCAGGGCCCUUCCCCAUCUCUUCUGGCCAAGGCAAUGAAGCGUCAGCGGCUACACCCUACAUUGAACCAGAUCAAAUUUCCUGAGGUCAAUAUUGGUAUUCCAAAGCCUUUAACUCCAAAGAAGCAAAAUGAUGUUGAGGUGAUGGGUUUGGGUGAAGUCAUCAUGGGUACACCAGUGUGUCAAGGAGUGGUGACUGCCCCAGCUAGGGUUGUGACUUGUCUCCAGGAGGCUUCAAACAUACAGAAUGGUGACAUCCUAGUGACGAUGAGCACAGAUGUGGGCUGGACCCCCUACUUUCCUCUCCUGGUGGGCAUAGUCACAGAAAUUGGUGGACUCAUCUCCCAUGGAGCUGUGGUGGCCAGGGAGUAUGGUCUUCCCUGUGUGGUGGGGGCUGCUGAAGCUACAACCAUUUUGCAGUCAGGUGAGAACAUCAUAUUGAAUGCUACUCAAGGUACCAUCACCCGCCUUGCCACUCCACAACCACCCACCACCAACCAAGACAACAACUGUUCCCAAGAACAACAAUAAUUAGUCUACUACCAAUGACCACAAUUUCACCAUUGGCAUCAAGAGCAGCAGCUGUGGAAGAGUCAUAACCACCAAACAAAUGAGAGACCUUACCUUGGUCACAAUUCUCAGCUGUGAUUCCUAACUGACUGAUGGACUGAGAGAAAUUUUCUCCAGUCUGUAGCCUGCUCUUGCUGUGGACUCCUCACUGUACCAUAGUACACCGGAAUUUUCAUACAUAAUGAAGUUCAGGGAUUCAGAGUUGUCAGGGCAUUGAGUUUUAGGUCUAAAGAGACAAUAUGAAUUGUACCAACUCUGAAACCUUGAACAUGACCCCUUAAACUUAGAUACUGCUGCAACAAGAUGUGUUAUGCUGUGCCUUGUCAGAAGUUAUUGCUAGUCUUUCAAAAAUGGCCACAGGACUCAGAUUCUUAGAUGUUUGUACAAUGAAUGUUCAUUGUAACUGAAGAUCUAGAAUGGCACCUUACUGAUUUACUUAAACCAAAGACAAAAUGUAUGUCAUCAAGUUGCAACUACAAAAUUACCUCAACUACAUAUAUUUACUUAUCACCAGACAAAUUUAUGUUACAGAAUCAUUUGGAAAAGGUUCUUUACCUUAAUUUAGUUUUUUACCAGUGCUAAGUGAAUGUGUAUACCGUAGGUAAGGUAAGAGUCCCUGUAUGAUUUUAAUCAUGUUUGAUAGUCAGCCACACCUCACUAGUCAGAAUAAGAGUCACAGAUUUUUGUCUCAAAGAGGAGGAACCUGAGAUAAGAACACCAAAGUUUUCUAGAUGCGUUAGACUAUGAAUAUUCCUUUCCCCAUACAAACUUUUCUAACAUAUCAAAGGAAAGAAGGCUAGACAUACUAAUGCUAUUUUAUGGUUUAUUCCUAACAAUCUCUUGGGUCUACUAUGCUGGACAGUGCUUCCCGUGCACUUUCUAAAAGGAAUAAAAAUGUUUUCAUAUGUUGUCAAUCUUGGUAAUUGAAUUCAGCAACUGAAGUGAAAGGUUGUUCAGAUUCUGAUUAUUUUCCCAUCCUAACAUCUUGCCAAAAACCUUUACUUUCAUUUACUAUACUGUACUUAAUUUACUUUAUUCUCUUCACCACUUGUCAGCUUACGAGCCAUUUGGGUGGUUUGUCAAUUCACUGUUAGCAAGUAUUGGGCAUGUACUUGCUCUUGAAUGUACCUGAGCACAUUCUAGCAUUUGCCAAGUCUGGACUUGAAGCUGCUCACACUUCGUGCUUACUUUUAUCCUCUUCACCGCUAAUCGGCUCGUUAACUGUUUGGGCGAUCGGUCACGUCUCUGAUUACUUUUUUCUUUUUUUUA